UGGAAGAAAGACGGUCAGAAGGAGGUGUAUGUGUAUGAUUCAGGCCUUGAUUACAGUCAGGGUCUAUCCGGUCAACAUGAGCAGUUCAAAGGUCGUGUCUCUCAUUUUCCUGGAGAACUGAAGAAUGGCAACGCCUCCAUAACGAUCAGAAACACGACGGUGGCUGACAGUGGAAACUACACCUGUGAAUUUAAACAUCUUUCAAAUCAAAAAUUCCUCAUGAAGCUUCUUGUUGGUGCAGCUCCAGAGCCGUCUGUCACAACACUGGAUGAAGGAAAUGACUGGGCGCUGCUGAAAUGUGUCGUUCGAGGUGCUUCACCCAAACCUGAUGUCCAGUGGCAGGACAGUGAUGGAAAGACUCUUCCUGCUGAAGAACCACAGGUCUCUGAAAGAGGAGGCAGCUACGACAUUAUCCUCCAAACUACUGUGACCAAGACCGACACCUAUCGCUGUGUAGCCACACAGGAGGAAAUCAGACAUCAGGUUCAUGCUCAGAUCUAUGUUCGUAUCAACGCUCACUAA